AUGUCCGCAAACAUCCUCUCUUUCGUCGUAGCUGUCGGCGUUGUUGCAGCUUUGCGUCCCAACACCACAUCCAUCUGCGACUACUAUACUCCUCUCGUGCUCGGGAAAGAGAACACACCCGCCAACCAACAAGAACUCAUGGCGUUAAUCACCCAUAUUUUUAUUCUGGGCAACUACACUACUCCUAACGUGGGGGUCAAGGUGGACGGCAUUGCAGGCCCCUUCACCUACGAAGGCCACGACGUCAACCUUCUCCCAUACUUCACUGGUGGAUACUACUCGACCAACGAAAAUGGAAAGCCCGUUGCAAAGAACUUCCUGGAUGAUGGAGGAGCUGGUGCACUGCUUGCCAACAAGCCAGCCAACACCACGACCUCUAAUCAAUACAAACUCCUUACCCACGUGUAUCAGUACUUUGGCGACUUUUACGGAUGCUCCCAGCAGGGGGUCCCUGACUUCCCCCACUACCAAGGCGUUGCCAGCAUGUGGGAGGUGCACAAAUUCAUGGACCCCAACGUCUGGGAAGCUGGCUAUUUCAAUGAACAGAUUGUGCUUGCCGGAAAGUCAAUCGGAUUCGAAGAGCCAGACGUCAACUUUACUCGAGAGGCGCUCGACCAGACGUUCACCUACCGCUGCAUCCCCCCGGCAGCCGUGAUUCCUCCAUCAGCGGGACCUCAGCUCCAGACCAUUUGCUCCGAUGUCUACAGCUGCCCCCUUGCUGCGAAUGCAAACUGCUCGGCCUACCCAGACAAUGGCGUUGUCCCUUAUCCUGAGAUUGCAAACGUCACACUUCUGCAGGGUGUCCCCAAAGAGAAUGACACGCUCGGCCUGAGCAGCACGUCGACCUCUUCUUCCGCGAGCGCAUCGGCUACCGCUAGUGGGUCAGCAGCAACUCCCAGAACGUCUAGCACCAACGCAGCUGCUUACACUUUGGCCGCAGGAAAUUCGAUGGUGGCCCUUGGAAGCAUGGUGGCCCUUUUGGGCAUGAGGCUCCUUCUGUGA